AUGGCAGCCCGACUUUGUGGAGCAUGUCGUUCUUUCCCAGCUUACGUGGACACAUUAUCUGGAGAAGUAGCUGAGUUUUGUUCAAAUAAGUGUAGAAGGACAGCUGUUGAACAAGGCAUGAUCGAACCUUGUAUAAAUUGUUCGGUAAUGCCACGAGCAUUACAAAAUGGCAAGCGAACAAAUUAUUGUGGGAAAACGUGUAAAAAUGAAGAUGUGAUAAAUUUAAAUCCACGUGGAAGAUCUCGUUCUAUUUGCCAACAAUGUCAGUCUAAACCUUGUUACCAAAAUUCCCCGUAUUGCUCUAAAACUUGUAAAGAUAAUGCACGUCAAAUAAAAGUGUUACCGCCAAUACCACCACCACAUACAUGUUCACUUACCCAACCCCCAACGGCACCACCAUUGAUAUCAAACCAGAUUUUAUCGAAUCAGAUGAUACCGAAUCAGAUGAUGCCAAACCAGAAUAAUAAUAUAGUGGGACCUCAUCUGCCAACAGUUCAGAUUUUACUUCCACCGCCCACCGGCCAAUAUCAAAUACCACCACUACCACCGCCACAAGCAUUAGAACUAAAUUAUCAGCAAUCACCCCAAUCACCAACGCACAAACAAUUACCAUCACCACCAACACAAACUCAUCCUCAAUCACCGCAAUCACCAUCCAAACAAUUGUCAUCAUCACCACUACACAUUCAUUCACAAUUACCACAACAAUUACCACAACAAUUACCACCACCAUCAUCCGAAGUUGUAGUAGCACAAGCACCUCCUGAGGAUCCACCUCCAUACACGCGAGAACCUGGUCACACAUAUGGCGAAACUGGUGACCGUAAGGUAACGCGUGAUGAAGCUUUCGACGAUGAAAAUCCUUAUGGAUUUAGAGUAAAUUUAUCCGAAAAACCGCAUAGUACUCGGGAUGAUCGCUGGGUUGAGCAAGAUGAACGGAGUUACUUAUCUGAUAAUGAUAGUUAA